CUGGCUGCUCUCUCGUGACUUUUUUUGAACAAAUAACAAGAAAGGAACGAGGCGUGCCCCGGUUCAUAUGUUGUUGUUCAGUCCCACAUCUUUUGCCCAGCAUCCGUCAGUCCGGGAGGGGAGGAGCGGUGAAGCUCUACUCGGCCGGUCUGCUGCGGUCACAUCCGGACUGUUCGGUGUCCAGUCCGCUGCCUGUUUGAKCCGGGACGGCCUCGAUAACAAAACAAACAGCCCCCAGCAGCGGCGUAACCCCAGAAAACCAGUUUGGUCUGUAAUCAGGAAGUGAGUGGAACUGACGGGAGAAGUUCGGACAGAGGGUUUCUUAUUCACGGGGUCACCCGGAGCUCCCCUCUCUUCAGCCAUGCUGAACGAACGCACGCCUCUGAUCACCUCAGGUGUGUGUGGUCUGACUCUGACAUCAUGCGGCGCUGCCUCAGACUCCACCCAGGACCCCAGCCCCGGAGAACCAACCCAGAACCCCCGAAGGCUGAACACAUUUUUCGGGGUGAUGGUACCGACCAUCCUCUCCAUGUUCAGCAUUGUGUUGUUUCUGAGAACAGGGUUCGUGGUGGGUCACGCAGGACUGCUGCAGGGUCUUCUAAUGAUUGUUGUAGCUUACACCAUCAUAUCUCUGACAAUACUGUCCAUCUGUGCCAUCUCCACCAACGGGGCAAUACAGGGUGGAGGAGCUUACUAUAUGAUAAGCCGGUCCUUAGGACCUGAGUUUGGAGGCAGCAUUGGUUUGAUGUUCUACAUGGCCAAAGUGUUUGCAUGUGGAGAGUAUGUUCUGGGUCUUGUGGAGGCCAUUCUCAAUGUAUUUGGUGCAGAUCCUGAGUCCUCAGUGUCUGAGGGGGUGCGGGUGCUUCCUCAGGGGUACUGGUACACGGUUCUGUACUCCACAGUGAUCCUUCUGCUGUGUCUCAUCGUGUGUCUGGUGGGCGCCCACAUCUACUCCCGCACCGCCUUCGCCAUCCUGCUGGUGGUCACAGUGUCUCUGCUGUCCAUCUUCAUCAGUUCUGUGGCAGUCAAACCUCAAACCUUCAUCAUUGUUCAUCAGGGACCUGGGAACCAAACCCAUCGCUACAACGCCAGCUACACGGGCUACAGCGCCACCACGCUGAGGAACAACCUGGGCUCUGACUAUUCUCUGGACUAUAGCACCAACUCGGUCAUGUCUUUCGCUACUGUGUUUGCUGUCAUGUUCACCAGCUGCACAGGGAUCAUGGCUGGAGCCAACAUGUCAGGGGAGCUGAAGACCCCGAGUGUAUCCAUCCCUAAGGGCACCAUCAUAGCUGUCAUUUACACCUUCACAGUCUACGUACUCCUCUUCAUCUUGGCCAGCGCUACAUGUGACAGGACAUUGUUGGUUCAAGACUAUGGUUUUUUUCAGCGAAUCAGCUUAUGGCCACCGUUGGUCACUGUAGGAAUAUACUGUGCUUCCCUGUCAGCUGCGAUGUGCGCCAUGAUCGGAGCUUCCCGCAUCCUCCAUGCUCUUGCCGUGGAUCAUCUUUUUGGUUUACCCUUGGCUCCCGCCGCCAUCACCUCAAACUCUGGGAAUCCCUGGGUGGCGGUGCUAUACACCUGGGGCCUGGCACAGUGUGUGGUGUUUGCAGGGCAGCUCAACGCUGUGGCUGGUUUGGUGACUGUCUUCUACCUGCUUGCCUACGCUGCUGUGGAUUUGGCCUGUUUGGCUUUGGAGUGGGCGUCUGCACCAAACUUCAGACCAACCUUCCAGUUCUUCUCGUGGCACACCUGCCUGCUUGGGAUCCUCAGCUGUCUGGUCAUGAUGUUUGUCAUUAACCCCGUGUACUCGUCAGGCAGCAUCGUCCUCCUGCUCCUGCUGCUGCUCUUCCUCCACUACMGAUCGCCCACCAGCAGCUGGGGCUACAUCAGCCAGGCUCUCAUCUUCCACCAGGUGCGGAAGUAUUUGCUGAUGCUGGACGUGAGGAAAGACCACGUGAAGUUCUGGAGGCCUCAGGUGUUGCUGAUGGUGUCCAACCCGCGCUCCUCCUGCCAGCUCAUCCUGUUCGUGAACCAGCUAAAGAAGGGGGGGCUGUAUGUUUUGGGUCAYGUUCAGCUGGGAGAUCUGGACUCUCUGCCAUCAGACCCGGUCCAGACCAAGUACAACUUCUGGCUGAGCCUGGUUGAUAAACUGGGCGUGAAGGCCUUCGUGGACCUGACUCUGUCUCCUUCAGUCAGACAAGGAACUCAACAUCUGCUGCGCAUCACAGGACUCGGUGGCAUGAAGCCCAACAUGCUGGUUUUGGGUUUCUAUGACAGCUGCACUCCUGAUGACUUCUUCCUACAAGACUCGGCCUUCUGUCAGUCAUCGGUGGGGAAGAACGGUGAGGGGGAAUAUAAUUUCGGGGUUGACCUUCCUUCCUUGCAAGCGUAUUUCCCCCCUGUGCGACACGUUGAAAGCCCCCGGUGGUUGCAGCCUGAAGAGUACGUCGGCAUCAUUUCUGACGCUCUGAAGAUGAACAAAAAUGUCUGCCUCGGGCGAUACUUCUUCCAGCUGCAGGGGGAGAAUAAAGACAGUAAAACUGAUGGCUCCGAGCGCGUCAUAGACGUUUGGCCUCUCAACCUGCUGCAGCUGGGCAGCUGCGACUAUCAGGACGUGUGCAGYCUCUUCCUGCUGCAGAUGGCCUGCGUGCUCAACAUGUCCAGCAAGUGGCGCCACGCCAAGAUGCGGAUCUUCCUGAACGUGGAGACGGGCUCCAGCGAUCAGGGCUGGGUGGUCCACGAGGAAACGUUCCGCGAGCUGCUGAAGAAGCUGAGGAUCAGGGCGUCCAUAAAGAUCGUGCCGUGGGACUCGGUGGUGCAGCGGUGCGCCGUGCCAGAGGGGGAGCGCUCCGCGGAGCUGGCGCCACUCCUCACCGAGGACAUGUUGGCAGCGGUGAACUGCAUGUUGAAGGAGCACAGCUCACAGGCUACCGUUCGCUUUCUGUAUUUACCUCGGCCUCCAGCGGCCCGCAGCCAAUCACAGCAGUACUUAUCUCAGCUGGAAGCCGUGACCAACAGUUUGGGGCCGACAUUAUUGAUUCAUGGGGUCACAACGGUCACUUACACAGACCUCUGAGCUUUGUUUGUUUUUGUACACAGAGCAAACUCUUAAUAUGUGUUAAUGUAAGUGCUAUCAAAAUAACUCAAGUUAUAUAUUUAAAAAARCUUUUCUAAAGUAUUUAAUACUUUUAUUUGCUGCAUUUUUUUAUGUUCAGAUAGCGCCACUCGAACUUUGCGUAUUUAAAUAGGGAACAUUCCUAUUUUUGAAUAAAGGCUUUGUGACAAGCUACAGUUACAUUUAUGGUUAUGAAUUAUGUUGAUGUAACUUCCUGCUUGGCUUCUUAGUAGGCCAACCGUUAAAUACAUAAAUGUGUCAWAACAUUAUUUAUGACAAGAACUGAGUUUCUUUGGAGCAGUGGUUCUCAAACCUUUUCUGUCAGGAUCUGUUACAUGUCCCCAAACCCCCCGGACCCCAGAACAUUAUAACAAUAUGUCAAGCAUUCAAGAAUAAGCCUGGUUAUUAAUGAAAAUGCAGCAUUAUAACCAUUCUUUACUGUUUUUUCUGAAUAAUGUAUUUUAAUUUGAAAACAAAACCUCUGAGCCACUCCAGGGGGCCCCCCACCCACAGUGACCAACUGUAAGUCUUAGAAAUUCAAUAGUAAAAUGUUUGCUUUGUGUUUUUUUAUAAUUUGCUUACCGUGCAAAAGGACACUUUUCUGCAUUUAAUCCUGCCUGUAUCAUUAAUUGUUUUUAAAAUUGUUUUACUUCCAAACAAUGCAAUAUUUUUUUUUGUUUUUGCAGCUCAGUGUCUUWCUGCUUGAUGUGCACAAAAAGGGAACUUGUUUGCAUAUAUGACUUCAGUUUGACAAGCGUUUUCUAACUGUCAGCUGUCUUUGUUAACAUGAAGAAAUAUACUGAAGGUUUUUAUGCUGCUGA